CGGUUCUGCUGCUCUCCGCGGGACCCCGGGCCUCCCGCGCGGCCCGCCCUGCUCUGUCUGCCCGAGCCGGGAAUCACCUCAUGAACCCUUGGGACUUGCGGUGGUGAGGAAUGAAACAUGAAUGUGGAAGCCAAAUACCGAGCGGCCUCUCUGUAUGUGGGUGACCUCCAUACAGAUGUCACUGAGGACUUGCUCUUCAAGAAGUUCAGUGCGGUGGGGCCUGUUCUGUCCAUCCGCAUCUGCAGGGACCUGGUUUCCCGUCGUUCCCUGGGCUAUGCCUAUGUCAACUUUCUGCAGCCGGCAGAUGCCCAGAAGGCCCUGGACACCAUGAACUUUGACUUGAUUGAGGGCAAGUCCAUCCGUCUCAUGUGGUCUCAGCGCGAUGCCCAUGCGAGGAAAUCAGGCAUUGGGAAUGUAUUCAUUAAGAAUCUGGACAAAUCCAUCCAUAACAAGGUCCUUUACGAACUCUUCUCGGCAUUCGGGAAGAUCCUGUCCGCUAAAGUGAUGAGCGAUGAGCAGGGCUCCAAGGGCUACGCGUUCGUGCACUUUCAGGACCAGAGUGCGGCCGACAGGGCCAUCGAGGAGAUGAACGGGCAGCUGCUGGGGGACUGCAGAGUGUUCGUGGGCAGGUUCAAAAGCAGGAAGGAUCGAGAAGCAGAGCUCAGAACCCAAGCCAGCGAAUUCACUAACGUUUACAUCAAAAACUUCGGGGACGACAUGGACGAUGAGAGGUUGAAGGACAUUUUCAGCAAGUAUGGCCAGACCCAGAGCGUGAGGGUGAUGACCGACCCGAGUGGCAAGUCUAAGGGCUUUGGGUUUGUGAGUUUUGACAGCCACGAGGCUGCAAAAAGGGCCGUGGAAGACAUGAACGGAAAGAACAUAAAUGGACAGCCGGUUUUUGUAGGAAGGGCCCAGAAGAAAGUAGAGCGACAGGCAGAACUAAAAGAAAGGUUUGAGGAGCUGAGGAAGGCGAGAAUCCGCGCAUCCCGAGGGGCCAAGCUGUACAUCAAAAACCUUGAUGACACCAUAGACGAUGAAAUGCUGAGAAAGGAGUUUUCUGCUUUUGGGGCAGUUAGCAGAGUUAAGGUAAUGCAAGAAGAGGGGCAGAGCAAAGGUUUUGGGUUGGUCUGCUUCUCUUCUCCCGAGGAGGCAGCCAGAGCUAUGGCUGAGAUGAAUGGUCGCACCCUGGGCACCAAAGCCCUCCACAUUGCCUUGGCCCACAGACCCUGACCUCACCUACUCCGCCAGCCACGGGUACAGUCGGCAGCGCACAGCCGUCCCUGCGGUGGCAGAAUUCCGUACACUUGGUGAGGGAGGUUUUGUAGACCAAGGCUUUUCUUCUGUGUUGUAGAAGCAUGACCCAUGUUACACAUGUGCGUGGCUUACAGUUUUCACAAUGUUCAUGGUUCUUGUUUUGAUCCAAUAUUCAUAGCAGUGUAGGUGGAUAUUUUAUGGUUUGUGUUUAUUGCAUAUUUUCUUUAUUGUUUUGAUGAUACUGCUAGCUUUAAUUUCUUCUAAGAAAAUAUGCUCAAAAUUAAAAUUGCAAAAUAAUUUAUUUUAAAUGAAAGCAAUUUAAUGUUUUUUUUUUUCAUUUAAGCUUUUUGGGGGGUGUGAAAUAAACGUUUAGAAGUUAGUAGCCUGAAUUCACCAAAAAUAAUGCUUUCAUGUUGAAAUAAUUAUUUUAGCACUAGAAAAUAGUUGAAUUUCUCCUAU